CCGCCCCGCGCAGCCAGCCCGGAAGGAGACGGCCGGCCUGAGCGCCCGCAGCGGCUGAGUCAGGCGGCGAGCGCAGCCCGUUACCGCGGGCGCCGGGGGCCCGGGCGGCUCUGUGGUUUCGGUGCGAGCCGCGGGCGAGAGGGCGGCGGCCUAACGAGCUCUCCGCACGCACCCGCCCUCGCCCCCUCCCCGCUCCUGUCCUGCGGGGGCCCAGGCGUCGGCCCGGAGAGCCUUGGUUUCACCGUGGGAGCAGGGCGCGGGUCCCGCCGGCAUCUGCGCGGCGGCCAGGGGUGACCGCAGCCCCUUGGGGUCGGCGGCUGGCCCCGCGCUGCUGGCGGCCGCGGCCUGAGGCUCCCUCUCCCCUGCGCGGGGACCCGCGCGCCUCACCAUGGGGCCCCUAAGCCGGGACGUCUGGGCCCAGCGCCUGGGGGCCUUCCGGGCCAGCCCGUCCGCCUUCAUGGCAGGUCCCGAGGCGGAGGAUUUGGGUCGCGACCUGCUGGGCGACCUGAGGAAUGAGAAGCUGAGCGAACAGACCAAGGUUUCCCUGCUGGCUCUGAGCUUGGAGUACCCAGCCCAGCUGUGGCCGGACGCCACUGCGGCCGAGGUGGCCGCCACCUCCCUGUUGGACACCCUGGUCCUCCUACCCCCGCGGCCCUCAGCUCUCCGCCGGCCCCUGCUGCUGGCGGCCACCACAGCCCUGGCGGUGGGCGGUGCGCUAGGCCCCACCUCGGGCGCCUCCUGCCGGCUUCUGCCCCUACUUCUCGGCCUGGCGGCGGGCAGCGAUCUGGGGCGAGGCUUUGUCCCCGCCUCGGAACAGCGUCCCUUGCAGGCCACCGCCUGCGAGUGCCUGCGAGAGCUAGAGAGCUGCAAGCCCGGGCUGCUUGGGGGCUCCCUGGGGCUGCUGCGGGGCCUGCUGGGGCAGGAGGGCCCUGUCCAGCCGCUCAGCCUGCUGCUGUCCCUUGCUUUGCGAAACACCCUGGUGCUCCAGUCCCGGGCUGGGGCUGGCCUGGGGGCACUGCUCACGGCUAGAGUCUCCCCAACUGCGGGUGGUCCCUGGGAUUGGGCACUAGUGGAGGAGGGCGAUGGACGCCUUCAGCCCCAGGCACCCAGCUGGCCGGCAGCUGAGGAGGGAGACGGGGAGCGUAGCCUUACAGCACGAGGGCACAGCCCUGAGGAGGUGCGGGAGCUGCGGGCUGCGGUGGCCCAGCUUCUGGACACCUCCUAUCUACUCACUCCUGUGGCCCAGGCCCAGCUCCUGUGGCUGCUGGGCUGGGCCCUGCGGGGUCUGCAGGGACAGCCACCAGCACUCUUUAAGCCGCAGUUGGUACGGCUGCUAGGCACAGCACAGCUGACACUGCUGCACGCGGUGCUUGCGCUCAAGGCGGCCUUUGGUGAGGCCCUGUUCACAGCCCAGGAUGAAACACUGCUGCUCCGCCGGAUCACCUUGGCCGCCCAGCACCCUGCCCUGCCUCCAUCCACACAUCUCUUUUACCUGCACUGCCUCCUGAGCUUCCCCGAGAACUGUCCACUGGGCCCCGAAGGUGAGGAGGCCGCCCCACUGCUGCUAGGGCCCCAGCUAUGCCGUGGUCUCCUGCCCAAUCUGCUGCAUGAGCCGACAGCCCUCCUGGCCCGCCUGCAUUUGUUGUGCCUGCUCUGUGCCGAAGAUGAAGAAGAGGAGGAGAAAGGCCAGCUUCCAAGCCCAGGGCACUACCUGGAAGAGCUGCUGGCCGGCUUGUGGCAGAGGGCAGCACUGGAAGGGGGACCCCGGGCCUUGGCCACUCUCUGUUUCCAGGCCUCAUACCUGGUUGCCCGUUGCCUGGCUGGGCAACCUACUGUGCUGACCCCCUUGAUCCACGGACUGGCCCAGCUGUACCGAGCCCGGCCCAUGCUGGCUCCCCACUUUGUGGACCUCUUGGAUCAGGUAGACCCUGAGCUGAGGGAGCCCCUGAAGGUGGUGUUACGGCAGGAGGUGGUGUCCAGGCCAGGCAGGGAUGAAGCUCUUUGCUGGCACCUGCAAAUGCUGGCAAGGGUGGCAGAUGGAGAUGCCCAGAGUGCUACCCUCAACUUUCUACGGGCUGCGGCUGCCCACUGCACCAGCUGGGACCUACAGCAGGGCCUGCUGCAGGUCUGCCGGGCACUGCUGCGGGCAGGGGUGGGGGGUGGCCUAGUCGACUUGCUGCAGGUACUGGCCAGGCAGCUGGAAGACCCUGAUGGGCGUGACCAUGCCCGACUCUACUACAUCCUCCUGGCACACCUGGCAGGACCCAAGUUGGGGGUGGCCCUGGGCCCCUCCCUUGCCACACCUGCACUGGCCUCUUCACUGGUGGCCGAGAAUCAGGGUUUUGUGGCAGCACUGAUGGUGCAGGAGGCCCCGGCCCUGAUACGGCUGAGCAUGGGUUCCCAUGAGGUCAAGGGCCCACUCCCAGUGCUGCAGCUCCUGCCAGAGGCGCUGGAGCCCAUCUACUCUCUGGAGCUGCGCUUCCGCGUGGAAGGACAACUAUAUGCACCCCUAGGGGCUGUCCAUGUGCCCUGCCUGUGUCCUGGCCGCUCUGCCCGCCCUCUGCUCCUGCCCCUGCAGCCCCGACGCCCAGCCCCAGCACGGCUGGAUGUCCAUGCCCUUUACACUACAUCCACCGGUCUCACGUGCCACGCACACUUGCCACCCCUGUUCGUGAACUUUGCUGACCUCUUUCUGCCUUUCCCCCAGCCGCCUGAGGGGGCCGGUCUGGUCUUCUUUGAGGAGCUCUGGGAUUCCUGCCUGCCAGAGGGUGCUGAGAGUCGUGUGUGGUGUCCACUUGGGCCACAAGGCCUGGAGGGCUUGGUGUCUCGCCACCUGGAGCCUUUCGUGGUGGUGGCCCAGCCCCCUACCAGCUACUACGUAGCGAUCCACCUGCCCCCGGACUCAAAGCUGCUGCUGCGGCUGGAGGCAGCCCUGGCAGACGGAGUGCCUGUGGCCCUGCGGACUGAUGACUGGGCCGUGCUGCCUCUGGUGGGGGACUACCUCCGCGGGCUGGCGGCUGCUGUCUGAGCCCCAGGAGGCCAGGUGGGGCAGGACUGUGGCCCUUGUGGGGGCCAGGGCACACUCCUGUGGCUCUUUUUCCCAAACCCUGCAUUCCCCAGUGCCCUCGCUGGCUUGUUUUCUUCUGGGCCCUGGUUGGGAGCAGGCUCAUGGGGGUGAGGGUCUUAGUCUGUUUUUGCUGUCCUAGUAAGAUACCUGAGACUGGGCAAGUUACAAUAAACAGAAAUGUAUUGGCCCACAGCUCUGGAGGCUGGGAAGUCUGCGGUUGAGGGUCCAGAGCCCAGCGAGGACCCUUCUGCAUCAUCCCGUGAUAGAGGACAGAAUGACAAGAAUGAGGGGAGAGAGCAAACCCACUCCCAAGAUAACAGCCUGGGCCCCUGCAGGAGGGCAGAGCCCUUGUGGCCUGAUCACCUCUUAGGGUCCUAAGUCUUACACUGUUACGGUGGCAAUUACGUUUCAGCAUGAGUGUGGGAGGGGAUGAGGCCCCAGGAAGGCCCCCAGACAGAACCCAGGACUGCAGAGUUAUAUAGUUCUGUCUCAGCCAGACACACUAGUGCUCUCCAGGGUCCCUGCCCAGGAGGCAGGGGAAAAAUCUCCUUUCUGCUCACCAGAGAGGGUCUGGCCUUGCCCAAGGCCGCUCAGUGAUUUAGGAAGGGGCUGGAGCUAGAGGGUGUGGGAUAGUACUUUUCUUUCUUCUUUUCUUUUGGUGGGGGGGGUGCUAAAGACAGGAUCUCACUCUGGUGCUCUGGAGUGCAGGGUGCAAUCAGGGCUCAUUGCAGCCUCUGCCUCCCAGCUCAGGUGAUCUUCCCAUCUCUGCCCCCUGAGUGGCUGGGUCUGCAGGUGUGAGCCAUCACUGUAUUUUUUGCACAGAUGAGAUCUCCCUGUUUCCCAGGCUGGUCUCCGACACCUGGGCUUAGGCGACUCUCUUGCCUCAGCCUCACCAAAGUGUUAGGAUUACUGGUGUGAGAGCCACCACACCCUGCCAAGCCAGCACUUCUCAACCACCAAAGUUUGCAGGGUUCCUACCCCAGGGAGCUCAGGCCGGGCAGAACAGUGGGCCUAAGCCAGAAACAGAACGGCUGUGGUGGCCAGGUAGUUUCUCCAGGGAGAGAGCUUCCCAAGCUCUGCCAGUUGGAGCCCGGUCUAGGAGGGGCCUGCUAAUAAGGUUCGAGGGCUGAGACAGGGAGCCACAUGAUCGGGGUUAAGACUAAACUUUUUCUAAUUUCAGCCCCUGAGAACCCUAAUUUAUGCCUAGGAAUCUUCCCAGGUAAGAAGAACUAGUUCCUCUCGUUUUUGUUUUUUUUUCCUCAAACGUCCAAACACAGGAUUCAGCUGUGUGGGGGCCAGCUGUGCUGCCAGGCACAUGUGUUGCCUCAUUUCAUCCUUGCAACAGCUCUGCAGGGCCCCGCAGAUGAGGAAAUCUGUAGGUCAGAGCGGUUGAGUGAUUUUCCUAAGGUCACCCAGCUGGUUGGUAAUUGUUUUGUCAUCUGGUAGCAGGUUUCCAUUAUCACGCCAUCAGAGUAGACCUCAGCCAGGGCCACUGAGGUCCCAACCCUGUCUGCCCUCUUCUGCUGCCCCUGCCUCUUGGGCUCCCAGCCACAGGUUCCCCAUGGGCCAGCUUUACUCCUCCUGAUCCUCCUGAUUGGGGCAGGCCAGAAGAAAGACAGGUCUGGGCUGGGUGUGGUGGUUCACGCCUAUAAUACCAGCACUUUGAGAGGCUGAGGCAGCUGGAUCACCUGAGGCCAGGAGUUCGAGAUCAGCCUGGCCAACAUGGCAAAACCCUGUCUCUACUAAAAAUACAAAAAUUAGCCGGAUAUGGUGGCAUGUGCCUGUCAUCCCAGCUACUCAGGAGGCUGAGGCAGGAGAAUUGCUUGAACUCAGGAGGUGGAAGUUGCAGUGAGAUGAGAUCGCACCACUUCACUCCAGCCUGGGUGACAGUGAGAUUCUGUCUCAAAAAAGAAAAAAGGGAACCAGGCCUGGGACAGUGGGAGGUUAUAGGUCAAGUCAGGGGGCCUGCCUCAAACUUGACAUGUGGCAAUAACUUGCUAUGUCACUUCAGCAAGUGAUUUCCAAAUCAGGAAGGGAUCGGUUUCAGGAAACAUAUUUCUCCAGCUGUUUCUGGCAGAAGGAGAUUUGAGGGGAUCAGGGUACUUAAAAGUUCAGGGGAAGUCUGGAGAAGCCACCUCCAGGAGGCUCCCGCUGGAGCUGAGAUCAGAACAUACUGUCCUGCCAUCCACCCCUUCUCAGCACCCAGGAAGGUGGGCUUGGGCCCUGGCAUGUGGGGUGGGGCUGCCACCAUGCCAGGCUUAGGCCAAAGCCAGAAGCCUGAAGCUGCUGCUGAAGGAGUGAACAUCUCCAAGGCUGGGCCCGCAGGGCAAAUGGCCCUGGCCCUGUUUCCUCUGUCCACAUCCUUCAAAGGACAUCUCAUUAGUGGACUCCAUUUCUCUCUUCCACAGAACUCCAGGGGCGAGGGAAUCUCUUUGCCUGCAGAUGCUAAUCCUUAGCCUAAAAGUAAGGUAACUGGUCCAUGUGAGGACUGGCCAUCCUGUCACCCAUCUCUCUGCCCACCUAUGCAUCCAUUCCAUUUUAUCCAUCCACUCCUCCAGUGUUGGACACCAGAUGACCUUCAGCUCCCCCACCAACCAAAACUGUGCUGCAGUGGCCAUUCUUAGAUGUCCCCUGUGGACCUAUGUAACACUUUCUCUGGGAUACAUGCUAGGGGCAGAAUUGCUGAAUCGGUGGGCAUGUAUGUUCGUGGCUUGGCUAAGCAAUGUUGGAGUAAAAGCUUUUGGUUUUGCAUCUUCUCAGCGCUCCUAGGGAGGCACCAAGAGGCAGGAUGGCACCUUGUGAGCCCUCCUGAGAGAGCUCCUAGACCCCACCCCUCUGUGUCCUCAGCAUCACACACUGCUGCUCAUCACCUCAGCUUCCUGAAGAUCUAUAGCGGCACGCCUGGAACUGUCCAAGUACAACCAAAAAUUCUUCCUAAAAAGAGGGAACCAAAGUCACAUGGGUCACUUUGUCCACCUGUGUGGACGAUGCUGAUGUUCACGUACCCUUCCUUGCCUGUUUCAAGUCCAGCUCUGGCUAAUGAAAUGUGAAGUUUUGGGGCAAAAUAUGUCAUUGCCAAUGUUCAAUUUUCCAGCCCCCUCUCCCUCUGCCAUGACAGUUGGGGAAGUGCAUGUUUAGAUGGAGGUGCUGGCCGGGCGUGGUGGCUCAAGCCUGUAAUCCCAGCACUUUGGGAGGCCGAGGUGGGUGGAUCACGAGGUAACUUUCCUGAUGACCACCCACCGUGGACUGGCUCUGCCCGGUUUGCAGAGCUCGUGCGUUUGCAUGGAAAGAGCUUCUGCCAUAGAGGGCCUAAUUGUAAUACAUUUAAAUAUUAAGUCUCCACCCCAAAGCGAGCAUGGAUUGUAUGUUACAUGCAUGUUUGUUCAAUAUGCAUGUGUCAGAACCACCGUCACGAAUAUUCAUAGCUCUUCAUGUAAGCUAUUGAAUGUGUAGGUUUCAUCGGUCCACUGAGCAUGAAGCUUCCUCCUCCUUCGAAGUGCCUGCCUCUGGUCUUGGCUGGAGGCUCGAUUCCCAGUGCGUCUUUCUUUCCAAGGCUGGAGUGCAGUGGUGCGAUCAUAGCUCACUGCAACCUUGAACUCCUGGACUCAAGUGAUCCUCCUACCUCGGCCUCCUAAGGUGCUGGGAUUACAGGCAUGAGCCACUGUGCCUGGGCUAUAACCAGUUAAAUCAUGUUGAGCCUAAAGCUGCCUCCUUACAUAUUUUAAAUUUGGCCUAAAGGUUUCUCUUUGCAGUGUGAACUGUAACCUAAAUGGACUUGUGAACAGAAUGUAGCCAGUGCUUGUGCCAGUCGCGGAGUUUUGGCUAAUCAGAGGUGGCCAGCUGUUCAAACCGUUCAGAUAAGGCAAACACCAUCCAGCUGGUUUCCAGAUCUCACUUCUGUUUUCUGUACUUCAUUUUCCUUUUUCUGUCCAUAAAUCUUCCACCACGUGGCAGCACAGGAGUCUCUGAGCCCACUCUGGCAUAAGAGGCUGCCUGAUUCUUGAAUUGUUAUUUGCUCAGUUAAACUCUGUUAAACUUACCUGGACUAAAGUUUUCCUUUUAUCACUGA